UGAAACGCUGCGUUUUUAAACGGGCAAAGAAAUCUCGAAUCCUAAGACGUCGUCUUUCCCGAAAUCCACAGUUUUCAUGCUCCAACAGCCAUGGCUGCCAGAUCAGCCAAAAGUUCACAUAAAUCAAACAAUUUAAUUCAAAAUCCUAAAUUACCCUUUGCUAUUGCAUUACUCAUCGCUGACUCAAUCCUAGUUGCUCUGAUCAUCGCUUACGUUCCAUAUACGAAAAUUGAUUGGGAUGCUUACAUGUCUCAGGUUACUGGCUUUCUCGAAGGAGAGAGGGAUUACAGUAACUUGAAAGGUGACACGGGGCCUCUAGUUUACCCAGCAGGCUUUCUUUAUAUUUACUCUGCGAUACAAUAUGUUACCGGAGGUCAAGUCUAUCCUGCUCAGAUUCUUUUUGGCUUUCUCUACACGUUGGAUCUAGCAAUUAUCGUGUUCAUCUACUUGAAGACUGAUGUGGUACCUUGGUGGGCCCUCUCCUUGCUUUCUCUGUCUAAAAGAGUUCACUCUAUCUUUGUUCUUCGAUUAUUUAAUGAUUGUUUUGCCACUACUCUCCUCCAUGCUGCAUUGGUCUCAAUUAUUUACCAAAAAUGGCAUCUAGGGUUGGUAAUUUUCAGCGGAGCUGUUUCUAUAAAGAUGAAUGUGCUCCUCUAUGGACCACCUCUGUUGCUGCUGAUGGUGAAGGCAAUGGAUAUUGUUGGAGUGAUGUCUGCCUUAGCAGGUGCUGCAUUAGUGCAGAUUCUCAUAGGGCUUCCUUUUAUCCUGUCGCAUCCAGCUUCAUAUAUAUCAAAAGCUUUCAAUCUUGGUCGUGUUUUCAUCCACUUCUGGUCUGUUAACUUCAAAUUUGUUCCUGAAGACAUCUUUGUUUCUAAAGCUUUUGCUCUCUCGUUGCUAGUUGCUCAUCUAAGUCUGCUAUUGGUUUUUGCUCACUACAGAUGGUGCAGGCAUGAAGGGGGACUGUUUGCUGUUGUGCAUUCUAAACUCAUUCAGUUGAAGCUUAGAGUUACUCAGAGUAAUCCUUCUCCAACCAACAAAGUCCUUCAAGCUGACCAUAUUGUGACAACAAUGUUUGUCGGGAAUUUCAUUGGCAUUAUAUGUGCCCGAUCCCUCCAUUACCAAUUUUACUCUUGGUACUUCUAUUGCUUACCAUAUUUAUUGUGGAAAACACCAUUUCCGACGCUCCUACGUUUACUGUUGUUCGCAGUUGUGGAAUUUUGCUGGAAUGUCUUUCCGUCCAACUCUUACUCAUCAGUCCUCCUCCUCUGUGCCCAUUUAAUCAUACUAGGUGGUCUAUGGAUAAGUUCACCAGAAUAUCCAUAUGUAGAAAAAACAACUGAUAAAUCAACAUCUAAGAAGAAAGCCAGAUGAGCACUACUUGUUUUCUCUCCUCCGAGAAGUGGUUAUGCGAAAUUACCUGCCCUCGUCUCUGACCGCCAGUGUUAAACCCUGAUGCUCUGACCUGAGAGGCGUCGUUUGGUUAUACUGAGGAGUUUUUUGUUUUUCUGUUUUUAUUCAUAGUUUAAUACUUACAUUGUUUAGAUAGUAUACAAAGCCAGCAAGCUGGUCACAACCACCUUAGAUUCGAAUUAAAAGCUCUUCAAACUACCCCUCAUUGAUCAUCCCCACGGAUGAAAUAUUUCAACAAUUAAGGAGUUCCAUAAAUCUGAAUUGGAAUUGGAUAUUUAGGUCAGGUUUUUUUUCCACUUUAAAUGUGUAUGGUGUGUUCAUUAGCAAGCUCAGUUUUUGAAUACUUAUAGCAUGGUGUUGUAAGUCUUUGAUGCAACUGAAUCUUUCUUUGCGGUGGGACUGUCAUAUAUAUCUCUUCAAAACAAGCUAAUCAAA